CGUCACCCUCGUUUGACGGCACACGCCACGACGUGGACGUUGCUAUACUUUUUUACUAUCAGGUCACGGGCGCCAUUCUGCAGUCACUUCUUUCCCUCACACGGACAUCCAGCUCCUAAAUCAGGCCAUGGCGCUCAACAAUCUUAGCCAGAUCGAAGGUAUGCGAAAUCGGUGAUCUGGAAGCCUUCCUCUAUCUCGGAGCUCGCGUCACGCUAAGGCCUGAAUAACAGCUCAAAUGAAAGAGAUUGUGCAAAAUCUAUACAAUCUCAUUGCGCAGACAUAUGAUCAUGCCGGAGCUGCGACCGUGUCAGCCAUGGAUCGAGAAAUCGCACAGCUCGUGCAAAGGCUAGUUGAUUUGAAUGAGUUAGCACCACAAAUCGCAGUGCAGAUCCCGGACCAGAUAAUUGUAUACGUCCAGGAGGGCCGUAACCCAGAGAUCUACACGCGCGAAUUUGUCGAGGUCAUCAUGAAGCAGAACCAGAAGCUUAAGGGCAAAUCUGAGGCAUUCGCUCAAUUUCGAGACAUCCUUGCCCGGGAGUGGGCUGCAGCUAUGCCAGAACUCAAGCCUCAGAUUCGCGAUGUUGUGCAUAACACCGGGGGCUCGCUUGAGAUAUGAAUUCCCUUCUAUCGUCUCUGCUUCCACAAGGAAACGCUUGCUUCCUCCUAUAGUCAUUUAGUUGAGACUGAGCCUGGCCGCAGCCUCAAUAAAGUGUGGGGACACAACCCUUUCCGCUGUGCUCAUUACUCACACACUCUCUCAUCGAAACUCAGCUCCUUUGGAUGGCAAACGCACGUCCAGAAUUGCACUCGUGUCCAAGAAAAUGAAAAUGGAUGUCCAUUGAUAUAGAUCAUCAGACCAAGGCCAAAUCGUCCAUGGUAUAAACUCGAUAGUAACAUCUGUCGGUUCGACUCACCCUUCAAAGAAAGAACCCCAAUUUAGCAAAUGCUCGAUAAAUAGCAGAAUUAAGCAGUCCUUGUACUGCUUCCGAAAUAUCAGGCUUGCUUUCACUGAAAUUCAUUAGUCCUUGGGGACAUGCAGAUGUCAUGUUACUAAUCGAUGCUAUUUCUUUCCUCGAGCCACUCAUGAAUGUAGCUGACUUAGAGAUCAAAUGCCAUCACAUAAGCAGGAAAUCUUAUUUUGUCGUUUGCGUAGUCUAAAGCGAUCUUACCUAUUGUCAAUUCCCGUCCAUAAUC